CUUCCUCUGAUUUGUGCACAAUGGCAUCGUCUUCUUCAUCCUAUGCAGAAGAAUCAAUACCUAGUAGUCCUUAUAGUAGAUUUUUCGCAAACAUAUCCAGUUAUGCCUCUCGACUGCUUUUUGGUGAACAGAAUUCAGUAGACGAAAACGGCAUAGAGGAAGAAUCUGGCGACUUGGUUAAAGGAACCCCUGAAAGCUGGGGAGAGGAAGGUGCUACCGACAAUCUCUUUGUAGUUGACUCCGAAGACGCUGAAGAUGACGAAAGAAGCCUCAAGUUGACACGAGAAAAAGGCCAUGAAUGGAAGGGAACCAGUAACCAGGUUCUUAAACCUGAGAAAACCUUUGUUGCAACUGAAUGUCAAGCAGUUAGACCAGAUAUGGCUUUGGAAAGAUUGAAAUAUCUGGAAAGGAAGGUGGAACAAUUAGAAGCCUCUUAUAUCGCGACCGAGAGGAGACUGCAGCAACUGGAGAAAAAUAUCGAUCUUUUCCCAAACCACUCACGACUUCACCUGAAGCCUUCAUUCAGAGAAGGACUGUGGAGUGAUAAAAUUUUGAAAGGAAUGAGUGUCUGGAGACCAUUCUCCACAAAACGAAAUUCAGCAACUAGAGGAAGUAGUGGAAGUUUUCGUUCUCGUCUGUUGGACGAUAUGAAAAGAGUGCGACACCAUAUUCCUUUGUUACAUUGGUCGUCAGAUGAAGCUCAAGAUAGUUCGUCGUCGGAAAAUUCAAGUGAUAUGCUCCGUAGCUCAUCUAAUCUAUCUUCUUCUUUUGCUGAAGGAGAGAAUGUGUCAGACUCGUCCCACAGGGAUCAAGAAGGUUCUUCUCCGGAUAAAUUUGUCUCGAAAAAUGAAACUAGCAGUGCAAGAGAACUCCAAGCACGUGACUCUUUCAGUUUUCAGAGUUUCUCAACGGCACGAGAGAAGUCCUUGCCUUUGGUCGAUUCUAUGAAAUCUAAAGAGUCGAAAGGCACAUCUCCGAGGAAGAUUCCGGCUGAUAAACAGUUUGAAAAGAAGAAAGCAUUUCAAGCAGUCAGUGAUGAUCCGGCGUACUAUGAUUUGAACUCGUUCCAAUAUGGUAAUUACUUGUUGUGGUCAGGAAAAUUAACAGAUGCAGCAAAAUUUUUUCAAAAGAGAAUAGAAAACAAGUGUGAUUCCUCUUAUAGAGGAUGGCCCGGUCUCGCGCAUCCUCGAGACUUGCUGUUAUAUGCGGAAAGUUACAUGUUAAGGGUAUGGUUUACUGGUAGCAUUCAACAAGCUUCGGAAGCAAGUGAAUUAUUUGAACGUGCAAUUGAAGCUGCUUGGAAUGGUCAAAGAGUGUUAGAACGUGUACUAGAUAAGGAAGUUGUGGCUAAUGAAAGGGAACGUCAGUUGGCAUCCUAUGAUUGGGAAGAUUGCCGUCUUGUUAUUGCAGAUGGAAACUUGUUCAAAAGUAUCAUGUUAGCGUUAGCGGGACAUACUCUCAAGGCUGGCAUUACUUUAAGGAAGGGAUGGAAAGCAUAUGCCUCAGAGUUGGAUAACGUCAUUCAGGAAUUCGAACAGUUUCGAACAUGCUAUGUUUAUACUGAACGAUGGGAAGAAAUGAGAGGAGAGGAAGAGUUCUCAUGUAUUGCGCCAUUAAGGGCCAUUGAAAAGGAGCUAUGUUUGGGUAAAGUCCCUGUAAGGGAAUAUAUUGGUUUGACAGAAGCUUGGAUGUUUGGCUUGGGAUUUUAUUUAUUAUUGGUCUCAUUGGCACCUCCUGGCUAUUACAAGGUUUUGCAAGUACUGGGUUUUCAAGCUAAUCGACCGUUGGGGCUUGCAUUACUAGAAGCAGCAUUCUCAAGAGCAUUGAUAAAGGACUCGCCUACAGUGGAAGGAAUUUCUUGCAAAGUUCCACUUCCAUUGUCUUCUCCUGUCGCAGCACAUGCCAUUGCUUGGGACUUGUUGGAAUUUUAUGCAUUUUCUGCUUCGGAAUAUGAACUUCCGGAAGAGAAGAGGUUGCCACGUGCAAAUAUGGUUUGUCGUCGCUGUAUAGAGCUGUUUCCAGACUCCCCUAUUUGGUUGUGGUUGACUGGAGUUUAUCAAAGAAAAUUGGGGAACUUGGAUAACUGUGUCACGCAACUGAAGGAAAGCGUGGCACAAUUCGAAAAAAAUGAGAAGACAAGUUCUCCAGUGCGACUUUUGGAAUAUGUACGCUAUAUGUACCUACUUCAAGGCGAUUUCGAACAAAUAGAACGAAUUUCACGGCAGUUGUUGCAACAAUGUAAUGAUAGUAUUCCAAUCGGCUCCUAUUUAUUUCUUGGUAUCGUUGAACUGUCCAGAGGGAAUCUGGCAGCGGCAGACUCUAUGUUUCAAAAGGCAAAUACUUUUGUUGCUGGUCGGUCACUCACAGAUUUUGAAGAGUUUUGCCAGUGGAAAGCAGCUGUCUUGAUGCAACGUCAGUUUGCCCGAGUGGUUUCCGCAGAAAUAAUAUGUUGUUCAUUGAUGUAUCAGUCGUUGAAGAAGGACCACAUCCAGCCUUGGAUAGACUGGUUAGUAAAAGAUAAGAAAUGUCUCGAGGAACAGUUGGAGAAGCAUCUUCAAAACAAGAAGAAGAAUGCAUUUUCGGAGGAUGCUUCACCGAAAGUGACAAAUCUCUUUUCCUCUUGGAAAAAGUUAUCCAGAACAAAUAUUUCUACUGCUGUUCGUGGGGACGAAAGAAGUAUUGUGUCGGAGUUGAGCGUAUGCUAUUAUGCUUUGGGUACUUUUUAUCGACUUGUGGGAGACUUGGUCACAGCUGAGGAUUAUUUAACAAAGGUUUGUGAAAAUAUGAAUGAGGAAGAUUCUUGGUUAGCAAUGUGCAGUCGUUUUGAGAUUGCCCUGGUCUAUUGGGAAGGAAGAAAGGUUUCUAUGGCAUCUGACUACCUGCGGCGAAGUUUGGCUGCUUCUAGAAAUGUCGCGUGUGGAAAUCGAGCGUUCGUUUCUCAGAUACAACGUUGUAAAAGAAUGAUGAAAGUUUAAACAAUUUGGCGCCAAUGAGACCACAUUUUUCUU